AUGAGGUCCAAUCCGAGCACUAGAAAAUCCGAUGCCCUCUAUGAGUUUCACCAAGAACGAGGGCACAAAAUAGAAGAUUGUAUCACCCUCAAGCAAGAAAUCAUGAACAUGUUGCGGCGGGGACACCUUAAAGAGUUGCUAAGCGAAAAGGGGAGAAAUAACUUCGCUAGAGGACGUGAACACCAAGGUCUACCGAAACUGCCAUCACCAGCUCGCACUAUCAACACGAUCAUCGGCGGCUGCGACGAUGCCUCUAUCAAUGGCGUGAAAUUCACCACCACUAAUAAGCUCAAGCGAUCUAUCACCUAUGAACGGUACAACGGUCUCAAAGAAAGUAUCUUCGACGAGUCAGAUGCCGACAAUUUGGAUUUCCCUCAUAAUGAUGCCCUCGUCAUUACUAUACAUAUUUUAGAUACUAAUGUCAGGAGUAUCAUGAUGGAUGAUGGAAGUGGAGCAUGUAGUAUCCAUCCUCGAGUCCUCAGCCAAAUGAGACUUGAGGAUAAGAUAGUGUCAUGCUGCAUUACGCUAACCGGUUUUAGUAAUGCAGUUGAGCGAACAUAA